CACUGAAGCCGUUCACGUGCACGCUCGUCCUUCCGGCGCCGAACUGGAGCGGCACCGGCAUAAAUACCACCCGGCCGCCCCGCUCCCGUGUCCACCGCAAACACAACCCAACCCAACACACACACGCCUAGCUCUAGCUUGAGAGAGAGGGAGAGGAUGGCGGGAGCGGUGAACGGCGUGGAGGCAGCGCAAGCUCAGGGCGGCGGCGCGGCGGCGGGGGAGGCGGCGAUCAGGCACCGGACGGUGGAGGCGAACGGCAUCGCGAUGCACGUGGCGGAGUCCGGGCCGGAGGACGGGCGGGCGGUGCUGUUCCUGCACGGCUUCCCGGAGCUGUGGUACUCGUGGCGGCACCAGAUGGCGCACCUCGCCGCGCGGGGCUACCGGUGCGUGGCGCCCGACCUGCGCGGCUACGGCGGCACGGAGGCGCCGGCCGACGUCGCGUCCUACACCGCCUUCCACGUCGUCGGCGACGCCGUCGCGCUGCUCGACGCCCUCGGCAUCGGCAAGGUGUUCGUGGUGGGGCACGACUGGGGCGCCAUCAUCGCCUGGUACCUCUGCCUCUUCCGCCCGGACCGGGUGACGGCGCUCGUCAACACCAGCGUCGCCUUCAUGCGCCACGUCUUCAUCCGCGCCGGCGCCGCCGCCGUCAAGACCACCGACUACUUCAACCAAGCCUACGGCCCGACCUACUACAUCUGCCGCUUCCAGGAGCCGGGGGUGGCGGAGAAGGAGUUCGCGCCGGCGCACGCGAGGCACCUGAUGACGCGGAUCCUGAGCGACCGCUUCAGCGAGCGCGCGGCGGGCAAGGAGCCCAAGGACGGCGGCGACGACGACGCCGAGGCGCUCCCGCCGUGGCUCACGGAGGCGGACAUCGACUACUUCGCCGCGGCGUUCGAGAAGACGGGCUUCACGGGCGCCAUCAACUACUACCGCAACAUGGACCGGAACUGGGAGCUGGCGGCGCCGUGGGCGGACGCCAAGGUGGCGGUGCCGACCAAGUUCAUCGUGGGGGACGGCGACCUGACGUACCACUACGCCGGGAUACAGGACUACCUGCACAAGGGCGGGCUCAAGGCGGACGUGCCGCUGCUGGAGGAGCUGGUCGUCGUCCCCGGCGCCGGCCACUUCAUCCAGCAGGAGCGGGCGCAGGAGGUCAGCGACCACAUCCACGAUUUCAUCGCCAAGUUCAAAAUUGUCAUAUUUGCCACCCUUGCAACAACUAAAAUUGUCAAACUGAAUGUUGACGGGGCUGUAGCAAAAUCAUCAAAUACAGACCCGUCGACACGUCUGAGUCAAAAGGCAGCAACGCCCAAGUCCCAUUUCCCCACCCGGCACAAUCUCACCCGAGCUCAGCUCAGCAUCCCAAAGCGGCACUGCACGACACAACCGUCGAUUCGAAGCGACAGAGUCCAGCCGGUUCGUCCGACCAUGGCGGCGGCGGCGGCGGCGCCGGAGAUCAGGCACCGGCAGGUGGAGGCGAACGGCAUCACGAUGCACGUCGCGGAGGCCGGCCCGGCCUCCGCCGCGGCGCCCGCGGUGCUCUUCGUGCACGGCUUCCCGGAGCUCUGGUACUCGUGGCGCCACCAGAUGGGGCACCUGGCGGCCCGGGGCUACCGCUGCGUCGCCCCCGACCUCCGCGGCUACGGGGGAACCUCCGCGCCGCCCGACCCCGCCUCCUACACCGCCUUCCACGUCGUCGGGGACCUCGUCGCGCUCCUCGACGCCCUCCGUCUCCGCCAGGUGUUCGUGGUGGGGCACGACUGGGGCGCCAUCGUGUCGUGGAACCUCUGCCUGCUGCGGCCGGACCGGGUGCGCGCGCUCGUCAACCUCAGCGUCGCCUUCAUGCCCCGCCACCCCUCCGCAAAGCCCCUCGACUACUUCCGCCGCGCCUACGGGGACGACUACUACGUCUGCAAAUUCCAGGAACCUGGAUAUGAGGCACAAUUCGCUAGUCUUGACUUGAAGAGGUUCUUCAAAAUGGCGAUAACUGUUCAAACCACAGGUUCUUCUGCUAUGUCCCUCCAAAAAAUGCAGUCAAGCAACAAGCAAAUAACACUGCCUUCUUGGCUCUCCGAGGAGGAUGUCAGUUACCUAGCAAGUGUAUAUGCAAAAACUGGCUUUGCUGGUGGCCUUAAUUACUACCGCUGUCUAGACCUGAACUGGGAGCUGAUGGCGCCAUGGACCGGAGCGAAAGUGCAAGUGCCGACCAAGUUCAUCGUCGGGGACGGUGACCUGGCAUACCAUCACCCAGGAGUCAAAGGCUACAUACACAAGGGUGGGCUCAAGAGAGACGUGCCCAUGCUCGACGAGGUGGUGGUGAUCAAAGAUGCCGGACACUUCAUCCAGCAGGAGAGAGCACAGGAGAUCAGCGAACACAUCUAUGAAUACAUCAAGAAGUUCAGCACAGACCCCACACAUAAAUUAUCAAAAUUGUGAGGUCACUCGUUGAUGUACAAAAUUAAUAAAAAUACCUGUAUUUGAGUAUGCGGCCGUGAGAUAGUUGUACAACUUCAAAGCCUGUUGGUUCAUGCACUGAAAUGAGGUACUUGUAUGCACUGGCGGAGCUUAGUGCAAGCAAAACUGGGCUGUGGCCCGCCCAGUUUUGCUGCAAACCAAUGGGCCUUUAGGCAGAAAUGGGCCGUGGAGGUAAAAAACGUUGGGCUUUCUUCAAGCUGGCCCGCCCAGUCAUUUUGAUGUAGCUCUGCUACUACUUGUAUGCAACUUGUACAACUUCAAAGCCUGUUCGUUCAAGCACUGAAAAUCUCACGUGGA